AUGUUCAAUGAAACUGUGAGUGGAGAAGACAUUUGUGUCUGGCUGGGCAGAUAUUGCACUGUUCGAGGCCAACCAGUCAAGGUGUUAGAUGAGGAUGGCAUCUGGAAUUGCUCCUGGCGAAUCCCCAUUAAACAAUGGGAGGAUGCCGGAGGUUACCAGGGCCUGAAACAUCUGCCUUCGAUGAUUGUGUUGGGAGAGAACAGAGGCUAUAUACAUUACCAGGGCAUGCCCAAACUAUGUAGAAAGUGUGGGAGAAUUGGGCAUUUAGCUGAAGUGUGUCAAGAACUUGUGUGUGGGAAGUGUAAAGGAAUUGGUCACAGGUUUGAAGAGUGUACCAUUGGCAGACGGUGCAAUCUUUGUGGAGAAUCAAACCAUCUCUACAGAGAUUGUCCUGCGAGUUUUGCCAACAAAUUAAAAGGCAAAAAGAUGGCCGCCCCACAAGAGGAACAAACAGAGAAGGAGGCGGGCCCUGAGGUUUUGGCGGGAAAUUCAAACUCCCAGCCAGCUUCAGGGAUUGGACAAGGUGGAGGAAGUGGGGCGGCCUCAGGGGCGGAGUCAAACGUGGAGAGGGAGGAAGCCCCUCCCUCCCCAGAAAAGGAGUUGGAAAUGGAGGAGGGGGAGGAGGAAACAACUUCCUCUCUGCAAACAGUUUCAGAAAAGUCUAUGGAGACUAGUGGGAGUGACUGUCUCUUUUCUGCAUUUUCAGCUAAAAACAUCAUCGCCAAAGGAGCCACAAGAGGCCCCCUCUGUGGCCCCGGAGGCGUCGGACACUUGCCCCCUCGACCCCCAGCCCAUGGGGAUAAAAGAGGAGCAAGUGUCACAAGAAAUAAUGUGAUUUUAAUGUUUGUCUCUGCAGGAAGUGGGAGGAAAGGUGGACGACGGGACCCUCCAUGUGGAGUGGGUCCAAUGGCAACAAGAGUGACGGACCGGGAAACUGUGAGCCGAGUUCCAGGCCUCACUUUAGGUGAGACCAAACAAGUUUGGAAGAACGCUGCCCACCCGGCUCUCCAGAACAGGCACAAGGACUUGUCAUGGAUGGUGGCCCAUGAGAUCCUCCCGGUCAGGGCGGUAAUGCACUCGCGUGGCAUGGCCACAUGCCCUACCUGCCCCCGGCCCGAAUGCCAUGCCCCAGAGACCGUCCGACACUUGCUCUGGGAGUGCGGCGCUGCGCGAGACCAGUGGACCGCGACCGGCCCCCUGUUAUUCCCGUGCCUACCAGCGGGUGGGGUCCAGAUGGAUUACAAGCUCGCCGUCCUAGGAGUGGGCAAGUGCUGGAAGGCCCUCACAAAGCAGCAGUUUACAGUGCUCUGGCUCACACUCAACGCCAUAAAGGACGCCAUCUGGUCCACCAGAAACCUGUUGGUGGGGAAACGCGUGACGGUGUCCCUGCACGCGAGCGAGCAGAUGGCAAGGUCCACGCUGCAGGGUUACCGCAUGUCGUCAUUCGGACGGGGGGGCCGGGGUCACACAGGAAAGGUCCCGGCCGCCACCGUACCUGGCUGCCCGUAGAUGCCCCCUUACCAACAUCGGCUACGGGAGCAGCGGGCUAGAAGUUGGAGGAACUCCGCUGGGACCUGAAGUGACAAGCCUUGGCCUGCUCUGAACACUGGAGUGAUGGCCCUUUUUGAUAGGGACUCGCACCCGGUCCUGAACAAAUGGGGAUUAUGAUUUGCUUACUUGCGUAUUUAUUUGUUCAUCUAUUUAUUCAUUUAAUUAUUUAUUUAAUUAUUUAUUUAAAUUCAUUAUUUAUUCAUCUGCUU